AUGUCACAUAAGAACUCACGAACCUCAUCCCCAUCGACGCCUCCGCAACAUGGAUCAUCCAAACUGCCUCGAUUUCUUCAAAAGGCUUCAGCUCGCGACCGGUCAAAAUCCGUAACAGAUCCCAGCGCUAGCACCAGUCAGCAAAGCUCCCCAUCGAGCUCCCCAUCACCAGAGGUGCACAGCACCCCUAACCCCGGGAAGACCCCUCGCAAGGGUAGCAAAUUCCUCGGAUUGAAAGAUAAAGAGAAGGACAAGGAAAAGGAAAAGGACAAGGAGAGAGAGACGACUCCUGCUUCCCCAGAUCCUAACAAUGGAACCGAUAUGGAUGAACCGCCUGUGAUAGUGGAGCCCGUCAGCAUACCCCGUUCCCGUACGCGCUCAGAACGACCUAUCAACAGCGUCCCAGACUCCCUCUACGCCACCACCCCCUCUACAUCCCGCAUUGGCGACCUUCCUACCCGACUCUCAGGGUGGUUCUCCCACACAUUCAGCUCGUCGAGCACAGAUCUUUCCCUCCCCACCUUACUGGCGACCCACGCUUCUCCUAAGAGCAAGUCGAGCGCCCUCUUGACGGCUGCCAAACAUGGCAAAGGCCACCUCGACAAGGCCGUCAGGUACCUUUUGGACAGCGAUGCAACGCCGGAUAAAUGUACGGAUCCGAUAUGGUUACUGGGGGUUCAGCACCCAGGAUACGAACCCCCGAAUGCCAAUGUGAAUGAUAACCGGAGUACAUCUCCACCAACAGCAUUCCCUGGUCGUCGCGGUUCUGCUUCACCACCCUCAUUCCGGUCCUCCACGUCUUCCAUCGGAUCUUUCGCCAGCAGCAUAAACGAGCAAGCCGCACUUUCACAAUCCACCUCCAGUAAUCCCAAACACAACCCUGCCGCCAAUUGGCCACCAGUAUUUUACAUCGACUUCACUUCCCGUAUCUGGUUGACGUAUCGGUCGCAUUUUCCCCAGCCAAUCAAGGAUGGGAGGCUGGCUGACCUGUGUGGCGGGCCCCAACCAGAGCCCGUUGCAAGCCCAGUGACGAAGAAGAGCCCCUGGCAUUGGGUAGGAGGGGAGAAAUCGUGGUCUAGUGACUCCGGUUGGGGCUGCAUGCUCCGAACUGGGCAGUCUCUCUUGGCGAACGCGCUCAUUCAUGUCCAUCUUGGUCGAGAUUGGAGAAAGCCACCUUAUCCAGUUAUGACUGCAGACUAUGCCACUUACGUGCACAUCUUGACCUGGUUCCUCGAUACUCCUGCUCCCGAGGCACCAUUCAGCGUGCAUCGCAUGGCGCUUGCUGGCAAGGAGCUGGGAACAGAUGUUGGCCAGUGGUUUGGCCCCAGCGUCGCAGCAGGAGCGAUCAAGGCAUUGGUCAACAGCUUCCCCGAGGCUGGUAUUGGCGUCGCUGUCGCUGUUGACGGCGUGCUAUACCAGACCGAUGUCCACGCUGCAUCUCAUGGCGAUCACUUUGGACGUACGCCGCGGCGACAUAAACGUUCUUGGGGCGAUCGUCCUGUCCUGCUGCUCUUGGGCAUUCGAUUGGGAAUCGAAGGCGUCAACCCUAUUUAUUAUGAUACCAUCAAGAUGCUAUACACAUUCCCGCAAUCCGUAGGAAUUGCUGGCGGUCGACCAAGCUCUUCUUACUAUUUCGUGGGCUCCCAAGCUGACAAUCUGUUCUACUUGGACCCACAUCACGCUCGACCCGCGAUACCCCUCCGACCUCCACCGCCUGGUCCUUUCCAAUUCCCCCGCCAAUCGACUCCCGAGUCUGAUAAAGAUAGCCAACGACGACGCGCCAAGAAUUCACCCCAUCGGCGGUUACCCACAUCGCCUUCUUCGACACGGACAGGAUCCUCCACCUAUUCUUACCACGCACCCGUUUCCCCAUCACCACUCCAGCAACAAUUCUCGACUAGCUCCAAUUCGACGACGUCGACUACGGAUUCGGACGACAUGUUCAGGCCUUCGAGGUCCCCUCCACCGCCCUCUUCCUACCCGGUUCACCAUGGACGAUGGAGAUCAGCCAGCCAGCCAGCUUCGCCUGGAGCGUCGGAGAUGGAUCACCGCGAGUUCGGUAUGAGUGAUUUGGGAGCGGAAAGCGGGUUGGACCCUGUUCAGGUGCACUAUUGCAAUGCAUAUAGCGCUGCAGAGCUCAAGACGUUCCACUGUGAGCGGGUACGGAAGAUGCCGUUGAGUGGGUUGGACCCUAGCAUGUUGCUUGGGUUCCUGUGUCGGGAUGAAGCCGAGUGGGUUGAUUUGAGAAAGAGAGUGGCUGGGCUUCCACGCACUAUCUUUUCGAUACAGGACGAGCCACCCUCGUGGCCUUCAGAUUCCGAAGACGAGAUGGGUCUGUUGUCGAUCUCGGAGCCUGACGAAAGCGAUGACAUUGAGGUUGAAGAAGACGAAGAGGAGCGUUUCUUCGACACGCGUUCGGCAUCGGCGUCAGCAUCUUCCCCGUCUCUUUCAAGUUCGGCCAGUGGCAGCGGCGGCAAGCACGGUGACAACGACAACGACAAGCAGAGCAAGAGCGAAGACAACGAUACCGAGGAGGACCCGAUGGACCCUGUCACACCUGGUCCAAGUUCCAAGUUUGCGAUCAUCGAUUUGGAGAGUGUGAAGAAGGCUGCGGCGGCGGACGAGGCGAGGCAGACUCGUGUAGAGUUUAGUGAUGAAGAUGAGGGUUCGGGGGAUAUUGAGGAUGAUUGGGUCGAGCCGUCGUUGCCUACGCCCAUGCCAGAUCGUCACCAACAGCAACCACCGCCUUCAACGUCAUCCACCUCGUCGCAGGACGUCCCGCCACCCAAGCCGUCGUCCAAGUCCAAGUCGAGUUCGUCGUCGAAUGGGAAGAAGAGCAGCAAUCGGAAGAGUGGGAAGAAGCAGGUCCCUGUGCCUGUCCCCUCUGUGAAGUCCAGGGCUCAGCAGGAGCACUACCCGUUCCCUGUUACGCCGGCUGUUGGGGGUGUGGAGGAGGAGGAUGCUGAGUAUGAGGACGCGUCGGUUGAGGAGAGGCAGCGGAAUACGUCGAUACGGGUGAAGAGGAUGCAUAAUGCGCGUGCGAGGGAUGGUGGGAGGACGCAGAGCGGGGGUGUGAAGGGUAUUUUGGCGGAGGAUCUUUCGUGA